AUUCCACUGACUGCAGGCAUUAUUUUUGUUCUGGACCUUGAAGUCCAGUCCUUACCCCUCGUCCUAACUACCUCUGUCUUUGCUAGCUUCAUUGUUGCUAUAUUUUUUGUGCUAUUCAUCCAGUUGGGAGCUCUUCCAUUUGCUGCCAUUCAUUUGGAUCCUGACUUUAUCCUGUUUAUUUACCCUCAGAAAAGUGCAGCAAAACCCAAAAAUUGAAGGCACCCAUGAUGUCAUUACCAUUCUACCAAAGACACCACGAGCACUAUGACCGUGCGUACCGCCACAAGGCGCUGUCGUCCACCGUGAGCCAGUACCAAAAGGAGACAAAGAGCAAAUCUGCCGUCUAUGCUCAAGGAUCUGCAGCUUAUGCCAGGGGCUCCGCAGCCUACCGCCACUCGUCUGCAGCAGGCUUCAGCCUUGACUCCUCAGCAGCUUACAGCCAUGGCUCUUCAGCCUAUGACCUGGAGUCGGCAGCCUACAGCUAUGGAUCCGCAGCCUACGACCACUCUGCCGCGCAGAGUAAGAGAUCUGCUGCCUACAGCCUUGACUCUGAGUCCCUCAGCACCAGCUCAGCUGCCCACAGCCAUGCAUCUGAAUCCAUCAACAAGCUGGCUGCAGCCUACAGGCUGGGAUCUGAAGCCUACAGCCUUGGACUGAAAAAUUCCAACCUAAUGAUAGAAGAUCAGUCCUAUAAGAUGAGUCCCAAAGCAAAGAGAGCAAAACAGAGUUUGAUAUCAGAAGACAAAGAGAAUGAAGCCUUAGACUACUCAGUGCCCAUAUUCACAGGACGAGCAGUGAAUAUCAGUGGUAUCACAGACACCGAAGAAGAGAGGAUUAAAGAAAGCGCUGCAUAUGUUGCCAAGAGGAACCUUUUUGCCACAGGGGAAGGAGUUAGUGUCAGCAAGGUGGCCAAGACAACUUCUGAAGAGCAACAUCAUGAAAAGAAAUCAAGGAAAGUUGCGAUCCGGGAGUCUGCUGAACGUGUAGCCAUGAAGAAAACGCUAGAAGAGACUCAGGCAUUCCAUAAAAAGUUGAAUCAAGAUAAACUCUUACAUGCUCCUGAGUUUAUCAUUGAGCCCCGUUCUCACACUAUCUGGGAAAAGGAAAAUGUUAGAUUUAAUUGUUCUGUGGCUGGCUGGCCUGAACCUCGUGUUACAUGGUACAAAAACAACGUGCCCAUUGAUGUACAGGCUCACCCUGGCAAGUAUAUCAUUCAAAGUCGAUAUGGGCUGCACUCCCUGGAGAUAACUGAAUGUGAAUUUGACGACACUGCCCAGUAUCAUGCCUCUGCUAUGAAUGUUAAAGGAGAAGUUUCGGUUUAUGCUUCCCUCGUGGUAAAGAGGUACAAAGGAGAAAUUGACGCAAGUCUUUUGCAUGCUAGAAAUCUUUCCCUCUCUCCAUUUGCUGUUACCCCCCAUGGCUAUGCUUCCAGGUUUGAAAUCAGCUUUGUUGACAAGUUUGAUGUAGCCUUUGGGAGAGAAGGUGAAACAAUGAGUCUUGGCUGCACUGUUGUCAUCAAUCCUGAUAUCAAGCGCUUCAAACCAGACAUUGAGUGGUACAGGAAUGGUGUUCUUAUUACACCAUCCAAAUGGGUCCAGAUGCAGUGGAGCGGGGAGCGAGCUUCUUUGACGCUGACUCAUGCAAACAAGGAAGAUGAAGGUCUUUACACGCUGCGAGUGGCGAUGGGAGAGUACUAUGAGGAGUACAGCGGUUAUGUCUUUGUUCGAGAUGCUGAUGCUGAAAUUCCUGGAGCCCCUGGUGCACCACUGGAUGUGCAGUGCUUAGAUGCCAACAAAGAUUAUGUCAUUGUCUCCUGGAAGCAACCUGCUGUUGAUGGAGGAAACCCCAUCCUUGGGUAUUUCAUUGACAGGUGUGAGGUUGGCACGUCCCACUGGACCCAGUGCAAUGAGAAUCCCGUGAAGUUUGCUCGCUUUCCUGUCACUGGUCUGAUUGAAGGCCGUUCCUACAUUUUCCGAGUCCGAGCUGUGAACAAAGCUGGUGUCAGCCUGCCAUCCCGGGUGUCAGAGCCUGUGGCUGCUCUGGAUCCUGCAGACAGAGCCAGGCUUAAAAGUCACCCUUCUGCUCCUUGGACUGGACAGAUUAUUGUGACUGAGGAAGAACCUGCAGAGGGUGUUGUUCCUGGUGCCCCCACAGACCUCCAAGUUAUUGAGGCCACCAAGAACUAUGUUGUACUUAGCUGGAAACCUCCUGGGCAGCGGGGCCAUGAGGGUAUCAUGUACUAUGUGGAAAAGUGUGUUGCUGGCACAGAGGACUGGCAAAGGGUGAACACCGAGAUCCCUGUGAAGUCCCCUCGCUUUGCAGUUUUUGAUUUGUCUGAAGGCAAAUCCUACUGCUUCCGAGUUCGCUGCUGCAAUUCAGCUGGAAUUGGAGAGCCCUCAGAAGCAACUGAAGCCACUGUAGUGGAUGACAAACUCGAUAUUCCCAAAGCUCCUGGCCGUAUCAUGCCAACUAGGAAUACAGAUACUUCAGUUGUUGUCACUUGGACAGAGCCCCCAGAUGCCAAGGAGCUGGUUGGGUACUACAUUGAGUCAAGUGUGGAAGGAUCUGGUCGUUGGGAACCAUGCAACAACAAUCCAGUGAAAGGCACAAGAUUCAUUUGCCAUGGGCUCAGCAAUGGUGAGAAGUACAUUUUCAGAGUCAGAGCUGUUAAUGCAGCAGGUCUCAGUGAAUUUUCACAAGAAUCAGAACCUAUAGAAGUGAAAGCAGCCAUUGGGGGAGGAUUGCUUCAUGGUGUGUGUCCUGAACUGAGUGGUAAAGCUUCUGGACUAACAGACUGCACUACCAGCUGGGAAGGCAUGCAUGGGGCUUCCCAGCCUAUCUUUGACACAGAUGCUUUGCUAAAAUGCAAUGCUAAAUUUAAUAGAGAGACACUGCCCAGUAGCUGUGGCAAGCUGGAGAGUACAGGAGACAGUAACACGAGAGAAAUGGUUAAGGACGCUGUGACAUCUGCACCACAAAAAGUUGCUGCUAAGCAGGCAAGUAAGUCCCGAUCUGGGGACCUUUUGACAGUGGAAAAAGUUACAAAGAAGAAAGAUACAGCUGCUCCAUCUCCACCUUACGACAUCGUGGUGCUCGAGAGUGUUCGUGACUCCAUGGUCCUGGGAUGGAAACAACCUGAAGCCAUUGGUGGAACUGAAAUUACCGGCUACUACGUGAACUAUAGGGAAGUGGUUGAUGGAGUUCCUGGGAAAUGGAAGGAGGCCAACAUUAAGGCUGUUACUGAGAGGGCAUACAGGAUCCAAGACCUGAAGGAAAACAUGGUGUACCAGUUCCAGGUGGCUGCUGCUAACCUGGCGGGGGUUGGGACACCCUCCAAACCCAGCAAGCCCUUCAAAUGUGAAGAGUGGACCAUUGCUGUGCCUGGGCCACCCCAUGAUGUCAAAUGCACAGAAGUUAGGAAGGACUCUCUGGUUUUACUGUGGAAGGAACCAGUUUAUUCUGGUCGUAGUCCCAUAGUUGGUUAUUACGUUGAUAUGAAGGAAACUGAAGCAAAGGAGGAGCACUGGAGGAGUGUCAAUGAGAAGCCACUUCAAAAGAAAUUCUUGAAGAUUGGUGGCCUGACACAAGGUGUGAGCUACGUGUUUCGUGUGCGGGCAACAAACCAGGCCGGCGUUGGGAAACCGUCAGAUGUCACAGAUGCUGUCAUAGCUGAAACACGACCAGGAACCAAGGAAGUGGUGGUUGAUGUAGAUGACAAUGGAGUAAUUUCCUUGAACUUUGAAUGUGAUCAGAUGUCUCCAGACUCGAAAUUUAUUUGGUCCAAGAAUUAUGAACCAAUUGAGGAUGACCCUCGACUGAACAUCGAUACCAAAGGCGGAAAGUCAAAACUUUCCUUUAAGGAUCUUGGAGAAGAUGAUUUGGGAAUUUACUCCUGUAUUGUUACAGACACUGAUGGAGUUUCAUCAAGCUACACAAUUAAUGAGGAAGAAAUGAAACGCCUGCUUGCUCUGAGCCACGAACGCCAAUUCCCAACUGUCCCACUUAUCUCUGAGUUGGCAGUGGAAAUCUUGGAAAAAGGAGAAGUGAGAUUCUGGCUGCAAGCUGAAAAACUGUCUGGCAAUGCAAAGGCCAACUUUGUAUUUAAUGAUAAGGAGAUUUUCAAUGGAGAGAAAUACAAAAUGAAGGUGGACCGGAAUACAGGCCUUGUUGAAAUGAUUAUGGAUAAACUUGAGGAAAAGGAUGAAGGAACUUACACGUUCCAGCUGCAGGAUGGAAAAGCAACCAAUCAAUCUAGUCUUGUCCUCAUUGGUGAUGUAUUCAAGAAGCUACGGGAUGAAGCAGAUUUCCAGAAAAAAGAGUGGCACAGGAAACAAGGUCCUCAUUUUGUGGAUAAACUGGGAUGGGAAGUUACCGAUGAGUGUAAUGUCAUGUUGAAAUGUAAGGUGGCUAAUAUUAAGAAGGAAACACACAUUGUGUGGUACAAAGAUGACAGGGAGAUAAUGGUAGAUGAAGAACAUGACUUCAAGGAUGGCGUGUGUACUCUGCUUAUAUCAGAGUUUUCUAAGAAAGAUGCUGGCACUUAUGAAGUCAUACUGAAGGACGACAGAGGAAAGGACUCCAGUGAGCUAAAGCUCAAGGACACAGCUUUUGCAGAUCUGAUGAAUGAAGUAUGCAGAAGGAUUGCUUUAUCUGCAACAGACCUGAAAAUCCAGAGCACAGCUGAGGGUAUCAGACUGUACUCCUAUGUUACUUAUUAUGUGGAAGAUUUGAGAGUAGGCUGGGUGCACAAUGACACUCAGAUUAAGUUCACAGACCGAAUGAGGACUGGUGUCACCGGGGAGCAGAUCUGGUUGCAGAUAAAUGAGCCAACGCCACAGGACAAAGGCAGAUACAUAAUGGAACUCUUUGAUGGCAGCACAACGCACAAAAAGACGGUGGAUCUUUCUGGACAAGCGUUUGAUGAAGCCUUUGCUGAGUUCCAGAGACUAAAGCAAGCUGCAAUUGCAGAGAAAAAUCGUGCACGGGUACUUGGAGGUUUGCCCGAUGUUGUCACCAUCCAGGAGGGCAAGGCACUUAAUCUUUCUUGCACUGUCUGGGGGGAUCCCACCCCCGAGGUCUCAUGGCUGAAGAAUGAAAAGUCAUUUGUAUCAGAUGCCAAUUGCAUCCUGAAGUUUGAAUCUGGAAAAAAUGUCAGCUUUUCCAUUUCUACUGUGUCGACACAAGACUCUGGGAAAUACAGCAUUGUGGUGAAGAACAAGUACGGUACAGAGACCAGCGAUGUCACUGUGAUUGUGAUGCCUGUGUCAGGGCAGACUGACACAGCCCAAGGACACAGUCAAAAUAAUAAAACUGUAUCUAAAAAGAAAAAAGCAACGACAGCAAACAAACAGAAGGAAGUGGGAAAGAAAGGUAGCCUGAAGCAGGCUGCCUCUUUCACACACUGCUGCUUCCAGACAUGAUCCUCAGUUGAAGAGCCAGAGAGACACUGAUUUACAUAUGGCACUGGGUAACAUACUUUCAAAUUACUUCCUCUCCUCCAAAAUAACCACACCAGUAAGCAGCUGCUCUCAUCACGCCCUCCCCUCUCCCUGGUGGGGGAAACAACAGUGACAUUUGUGGUGAAUAGGCAAAAUGAACAUAAAUGAGGUCGCAGGUUAGCUGUGCCCUGAAGGCCCUGGAUUAACCAACAGUGAGUUGUGGUUCAACAAGGACCACAAAUGGUGCAUGGAUGUAGAGAGCUCCUGUCUACACCACUCUACACACUCACAACAGAAACCAAUCCCACUUGAUAGACAGAGCUGUGGAAAAUGCAAGCCAUUUUACAGCUUGAUUGUAAUCUUCAACGUGUAAGUGCAAAAGAGGAAAGAAUACGAAAGGAGAAUAAUGAGGGAUGUUUGCUUCAGUAGUCCUGAUUGCGUAGAGGUGAUAAUUUUGGAAUGGUAAAUGUUUCCUAAAGGGAAGACACUGUGUUUUCAAAUAAAUGCUCUUUACUCAGAAACACCUCUUCCAGGUUUGAAACAGCAAAGUAUGAUCUACCCAUUUGUUACCCCUUUUCAAGUAAAGAUUUUUCUGGCUUAUUUUUAUAAUAGGAUUUAGCUUAAUGUCAAUAUUUGAGAACACAUGACAGAUUUAGCCCCUACCUCUUAUCUCCCUGUGAACAGGGCUGUCUGGUGUUGAAAAAGAGAAUCCCCUCCACUAAAAAAAUAACUUCUUGUUCCAACCAGCAAAGAUAAGAUCACAGAAACACAAAUGAAAAUACUCUGUUAGAGCAAUUGCUGAAUAGGUUACCCUCACAGACUGUGAGACUAAGAUGCCAAAUAAGGAACUCGGCAAAGCAGGGAAAUGAUCUGCAGACUGUGUGUUUGUGACAGAUGUUAUGCUAAUGUGGCUAGGUAAUUAUUAUUGCAAUGCUAUACUCAAACAGGAGGCCUCUUCAGAAAACUGCUGCAGCUGAAAAAUGGUUGAGCUGACGGGUGGCAAAUUGCUCCAUUACUCUUUGUUGCUUCCACGUAUCCGGAGUCCCGGAAAGUGUUCCAGUUGACUCAGAAUUCCUGACAUGACAAUAAUAUCAUCAAAAUGGGCAGGCGUGAAAUCUGACCUUCCUUUUUACAUACCCAUAAUAUAGUCACCCCCAUCCAUGUAAUUCUGUGUUUGUGCCUUCUUCCAUGAAACACUUUCCUUGAAAACCCAGCAUGCAUGUUAUGCAGGGAUAGAUUUGUUUUAGUUGUAUGCUCAAAGGGAUUUAAAUAUAUUAUCUGCAAAUAAGCAAACUCACUGGCUAUAAUCUUUUAGGCAGCUUGUCCCAGGAGGUACAGAUGAAUAAACUGACCUUAUCUCUUUGUAGAACUGGUAAAAAAAGAUUGUCAGGCGUCUUUUAAGAGAUACAUGGACUAUCACAAUAAAUUUUGUCUAUAUAUUACUUUGCAUGCUAGCAUGUCUUUUUGUCAGUUUCCCUGAAUACUCUGACAACCAGCUUGAUUUCUCAUUAUGCGGCAACUACAUGAAACCUAUGUGAAAACCUAAAAAUGGCUCUAACACCAAGUGGGGCAAAGCCAGCUUUUAACAAAACUUUUGUCAACAAUUGGUGGAUGAAAAAGUAGUUGGUAGGCAAAUGAAAUAUAAUAUAAUAAAGAAGCAAUAUGAGUAGUGAUAAA